AGGUUCUGCCCUUGAUGUUAAAUUGCAGGCGCAGAUGCUCGGAUUUGAAAACGACUUGAAGCACAGUUGAAAAGUUAACGCGUUGAAAAAUAAAAGUAGUAUUUUUCAAUGCGUGAGAUAUGAGGUGAGAGUUGGCAGCUCUUGGGCAGGGGAAAAAGUGCUGUUUUAUAGCUCAUCUCAUCAUGCUUUGGUUCACAUUUUGCCACGAGGCUGAGAGAAGUUUUAACCUACUUUCCUGCAAUUCUACACAUUUCGCUAUCAUAUGCUGCUGGCUAGCUGGAGUUGGCCUCUGUGCGCGAUCGGUAAUCCAGAUCCGACUACAGGGAACUUCAUUAUGGCCAAAAAGCGCAGACCGUAUUCAUUCUAAACAAUUUUUUUCGCACAGCUCUACCCGGAAUAGUUUUGAACACUAAAGUCAUGUGACCACAGUCAUGUGAUAGUUUAGACCAGUAUGAUCUACAUUUAUGGCACAUAACGAAACAGUAAAACAUUUGUUUCCCAUAAUGGUUACAGUAGAUUAUGCCUAUAUACCGAUAUAAAACGUUGCGGUUUAGUUUGAUUCUAGAUAUCACCGCUUGUAGACGCACCAGAAAGACGUCGCCGUCCUGAUUCGCACGGAAUAAACUCAUAGAACUACUACUUCCGAAUGAUUAUUCUAUUAACAUUGCAACCUUCACAUUGAUAAAACCUCCAUUUUUUUAACAAUAAUGUUUGCUCAGGCAAGGUGGGUAUUUCGCCUGCUCGCCGCUUUGCUGAUAGCGAUACCAGCAAGCGGGACGCGAUACCAAGCGAACUGGGAGAGUUUGGACGCAAGACCGCUUGCUAAAUGGUACGACGAAGCCAAGUUCGGGAUUUUCGUCCACUGGGGUGUGUUCUCAGUUCCCGGGUUCCAGAGCGAGUGGUUCUGGUGGCAUUGGCAAGGCCAAAACCCACCGGACCCGAAGUGUGUUCUGUACAUGCAGGAGAACUACCCGCCCGGGUUCAGUUAUCCAGACUUCGCUCCCCGGUUCCAUGCCCGGUUCUUUGACGCAGAUGACUGGGCUGACAUAUUCGAGGCUUCCGGUGCAAAGUAUGUGGUCUUAACAGCGAAGCACCAUGAAGGAUUCACCACCUGGCCGUCUCCUCACUCCUGGAACUGGAACUCAGUGGACACUGGACCACACAGAGACCUGGUGGGAGACCUGGCAAAGGCUGUACGCAACAGGUCGCUGCACUAUGGACUCUAUAACUCCCUGUAUGAAUGGUUCAACCCCCUCUACCUGGCGGACAAAAAGAACAACUUCACAACACAGGACUUUGUCUUGAAUAAACUGCUGCCUGAGCUUUAUGACAUGGUCCUAAGGUACAAACCAGAGCUGAUCUGGUCCGAUGGGGAUUGGGAAGCUCCCGACACCUACUGGAACUCAACAGAAUUCCUGGCCUGGCUUUACAACGACAGUCCCGUUAAAGACGUGAUUGUGACCAAUGACAGGUGGGGGGCGGGGUGUUACUGUAAACACGGCGGCUACUAUAACUGUGCAGACAAGUACACCCCUGGGGAGCUGCCCAAACACAAGUGGGAGAAGUGUCAGUCGAUAGACACACAGUCCUGGGGUUACCGGAGGACCAUGAGACUCUCUGAGCUGAUGGACCUGCCCAGUAUCGUACAGGACCUGGUCCAAACAGUGGCCAUGGGGGGUAACUACCUGCUGAAUGUGGGUCCUACCCCUGAUGGUAUGAUCCCCCCAGUGUUUGAGGAGAGGCUGAGGGGCAUGGGGGCCUGGCUGGAGGUCAACGGAGAGGCCAUCUACUCCUCCAAACCCUGGAGGCUCCAGACCGAGAACGCCACCGUACCUGUCUGGUACACCUCUAAUUCCAAAUGCUCCAGUGUGUAUGCUGUCUUCACGACGAAACCCACUGUGUACACAUUCCACCUGUCUGAACCAAUUACAGCAGAGAGCACCACGGUGACAUUAUUGGGGAGCCUAGAGCCUUUGAGAUGGGCUCCUCUCCACCCCCGGGGUCUGAUCAUCCUCCUCCCUGAGUUACCCCCCACCCCGGCCCAGGCCUGGAUCCUCAAACUGGAUGGGGUCAAGUGAUCUGGGGUGACAACCAUCCUCCUGAAUAGGCCUUUAGCUACUGGUGAGCAGUAAAGGGACUCCACAAGAUUUGUUUGAAUGAAAUUAAUAAAUUAGGAUUUUAAAAUGUUGAAAGAUUUUUUAGAAUGACCCAAAAUGAGUGUGAUGUGAUAUUAGUAAGUAACUUUUCUUAGGAUUUAGAAGUGUAAUUGCCGCCAUUUUGGCACCAGGAUUCAAUGAUAGAAUAUAAUUCAAUGAUCAAUUCUGUGGGUAAUGAAUUUAAAACCUAUGGGAGAAUCUUUAUGGAACAAACAAGUUGAAUCAACGUUGUUUCCAUGUAAUCAGAGAACAUUUAACAUAUUGUACUUAGCUUGCCUUUUUAUUGUCAUUUUUAUUGUCUCAGGGAAAAUCUGCCUCUUUUUCCAGUGAUUAGUGUUUUUUUCCCUACGGUUCUGUGUUUGACUCUGCUGUUUGUUAUUCAUCUCCAGGUGAUGGGAUUUUAAUGUUUUAUGCCUCAAUGAUUGUUUAUUGUUGUCUGUUUUAAAUCUGUGGAGGAUUCUUUUGGACUUACUCAUGGAGAUGUAUGUUCCUCCCCUGAGGGGUGAAGUUUUAUUUGUCAAGCUUCUUAUUAAAGAUUUACAUUUACAUCA